AUGGCGACGCCGCUUCGCCUGCCUCGGCUCCUGGGCCUACUACCUCGAUUCCGGCUCGGCUCCCGUCGCCCGGCUUCGGACUCGGCGACUCUCCCCGGCGGCCGCAGUACGGGCCUGGGCCUGCUCUACCCAGGCCACAUACCCACCAGCCCGCUACAGAAGGCGCUGCUGGCGGCCGGAGCCUCCUGCAUGGCGCUCUAUGACCCCUACCGCCACGACAUGGUUGCUGUUCUGGGUGAGACCACAGGACACCAAGCUCUGCGGGCACUCAGGGACCGGAUGAGGAGGGACCCCGAGGGUACCCAGAUCCUGCAGGAACGGCCUCGAAUCCAGCUCCCUACCCUGGACUUGAACAAACUCCGGACCCUACCAGAGGGCUCCUUUGGUUGGGAGGAUGCCCACUUUCUUGAUGUUAAUAGGGUAUCCCCAGAUACACGAGCACCCACCUGCUUUGUGGAUGAUGAGGAACUUGCUUAUGAGAUCCAGCCUUACCGUGAGGUUCAUGACCUACUCCACACCCUUUUGGGAAUGCCCACCAACAUGCUUGGAGAAGUUGUAGUUAAGUGGUUCGAAGCCAUCCAAACACGCCUGCCCAUGUGUGUCUUAGGAGCUGCCUUUGGACCCAUCCGACUCAGUGCCAAGAAGCUGAAGGUGUUGAUGUCAGAGCUGAUUCCCUGGGCAGUUCAGAAUGGCCAAAACUCCCGGUGUGUCCUCAACCUCUACUAGGAACAACGGUGGGAGCAACCCAUAGAAGCCCUUCGGGAGGAGCUAGGCAUCACUCCACCCCCUACUGUAUGGCCAGGCCAUACUCUGUCCCUGAAGCUCUGAUCCAACAGGUUCAU